CUCAAACCGCCCCCUGCACCCCUCCAACCUCCCCCUGCACCUGCCCGGGAAUCCGCACCAAAACCCGUCCGCCACACCACACUAAAUAACCGAGAAAAACCGGCCCCAACAACCAGGAAAGGCCGAAAAUUAACAAAUCCAAACCAUUUCGCAUAUAUGGUUCAAGGUCGAGCGGUUCGUCGAACUCGCUAAGUUUGGCAUCACCUACCUCACGAACGUAAUCUCCUUAUUUAUUGUUGAGUCGAGUAUUUUUAAUUAUUACGCCAAUUGGACAAGGUCGUAUGGAUGUGCUGAUGUUGCUUCAGUAUUGUUACGAGUGCCGGCGCGUACGGAGCCAAAACACGGGAAAAGAGUCCGACUUUGUUUUUGUAAGAGACUAGUGCAUUGUGGAGAAUGGCAUCUAAAGUGCUCGUGCCGACUGCCCCAUUCGCUAAACUGCAAAUAAAGAAGACGCCAUCAGAACCAAGUGGCAGUGGCUUCAUUAUUGGCGGUGGAGAUGCGGUGGCGAGGGUUGCACACCUGGAGCACAGCGUGCGAUUCCUACAGGAACAGCACCGGCUGAUGCUGAGCGGGCUACACACCGAGAUUGAAGCAUUGAGGGAGAGGAAUAGAGAUUUGCAGUUUCAACUGAUAUUCAAUAAAGAAUCAUCCCCAAAGACUGCAACUUCUUCACCGGCUAACGAGGAAAAUGGCGAAAACAAUGAGAGGGAAGCAAAUUUGAAACGCGAAGUGGGUCGUCUGGAGAGAGAGGCGGCUGCAGCACGAGGCGAAGCCCGCGCCGCAGAGGCUCGAGCCUUACAACUGCAGCGGCUGGUCGACGCGCAGGCUGAAAAACUGCGUGAACUGGAAACGAAGAAGUGCAGUGCGUGCCACGAAGGCGAGGGCCGGUUGGAGGACGAGGCGGCGGAGGAGAGUAGGGCGGAGCUGCGCGCGCGGCUGGCGGAGGCCGAGCGGCUGGUGCGGCGCCUGCGCGGCGACGCCGAGCGCCAGCGCAGAGAGGUACUCGCGGCGGCGGCGGGGGGCGCCGUCACUAACCUCUUGUUUGACGGCGCGGCCGCCCGACACGCACACUUGCAGUGCAUGAAGAACUCUUUGCAUGCCAGCCUGCGAGCGAGUGGCCUUGAUGGUGGUUACGGAUACCAGAACACCUACCACUUCCCACCAGUGCACACGCCAGAGUUCUGGCGGGAGCCGCUUAGAGAGGAUUACAACCUAGUGGGGUCCCGGGGGCGGAGCACCCGGCGGCCGCUGACGUUGCCCGAACUGUCAGGCCAGCAGAUCCACCGCUCCACCGUGUAUGCCAAUCAUCAUACACGAGGACGAGGAGCGAAUGGAUAUGACCCGAAGAAGAAAUCCCCAAUGGCGAACGGAGAGGCGACUCCUGCAAGAUUACCCGAAGAACCUUCAGGUAUUACCAACCGAUAUAACACGACAUGCACGAACGAUAUAUCGAGAAUACAAGACAAACGUAUAAUGGACCAAAUGACAAUGUACCCAGAGUUGAAAAUUGUGGUCACUAAAAUCAUACCACACGAUAAGGCGAGCACAAUAGAGAACACGCGGCCGAAACAGCGCAAGCAACGCAAGCACGCGCCCGACCACACGUAACUGUCGUCUCCCUCACACUGCCCCGUGCCGACAAGGAUGGAUAUAGCGUGCUAGCUGGCUGUAGCAGAGGUUGAAAUCGUACUAGUCAAUUGAAUACGAUAAAUUCCAAUUUCGGUAGUCAAAGCGUUCCUAAUAACCUAGCCCUUAUAUAAAAAGAAACGGCGAGUGAUCCAAUAUGUUAAGUAGGAAGUUAAACAUCGGGGACUAUGAUAUUUUGUUCAAGGAGCUAUGCUAUAUUAUGAAGUAAAUAUUAAAUUUGCCUUUAUAAUUGAUUGCAAGCUCCUUAAAGCAAGAAAGGUAUGAAACUUGUUCUCCCGAACGAGAGAUUUCGAACGUUUUUGCUUGUCCGUUGUUAUGAGAAAGGUCUCUUAUGCUAUGAGGUAGGUGUGAACGUAUUUUAAAUAUUUUUAUUUAUAUAUAAGCAACAAAUAUAUUAUAAUCAAAUAUGAUAAUCGUUUGUAAU